AUGUCAAAGAUUGAAGAGAUUGACCCGCGUGUUAAAGCAUACUUAUACGAUAUUGGCUAUCAUAGAUGGUCUCGAGUACAUGCCACGGUGAACAGAACUUGGACUAUUACAUCAAACAUUGCAGAGUCGUUGAAUGCUGUAACAAAAGAUGCAAAAAAGCUGCCGAAUAGUAGAACUAUUAGAGUGAGGGCUUCAACAGAUUACAUCCAUACAGUACUAGAUGGUGUCAGGCACUAUAUUGUUUGUCUUGAAACCAAGAGAUGUAGUUGUGGGCAAUUCCAGCUUGAUGAACUUCCUUGUCCACAUGCUUUGGCUGCAUUAAAGCACAAGGAUGAGUCUUAUGAACAAUAUUGCUCUCCUUAUUACACAAGGGAGAGCCUCUUGCUCUCCUUGAUUGGUUUGUGA